CAGGCUACCCAUUAGAUAAAUUCAAAUUGGCAUGUCUACUAAACAUUAAAUCAGUGUAUGUAAUUAUAUAAUGAUACCAUUUAGGGGGCCGUGUCAUAUUGCCUAUAAAAGAAGUUCUAAGCAGAGGAUUCCACAGUCAAUUCAAUGGAUUUGCUUUACCUCAACACGCUUCAGGGCCUUUCACUUUACGAAGGAAAUCGCUUGGGCCAAACUAUUCAGGAGCUAAAUAAGAUUUACCAAACGGAAUUGAAUGUAUUUUUGGAGUUUGGUAAUGGUUCGGAGAUCUUGGAAGCUGCCUGGCAGCCUUUUAUACCUACCAUUUGGAUUAGGAAUACCAAAAAUCAAAUUGUUUUGGAAGGAAACUUUAGUAGUUGCACUCUAACAGUUUUGUAUCUGGAAGAUGAGUAUCUGAAUAGCGGAAUUAGCUAUCUUACAAAGUGGUUAUCGAAAUAUCAACAUCUUCAAGUGGUUAUAUUUUUCAAAGGAACUAUUGGGAAUGUUUUAAAUAUAUUUAAUCAUUGCUUUAAAGAAGGUUUGAUUAAAGUACUGUUAAUGUUACCCGAUUCUGAAGGAUUCUUCAGCUUUAUGCCAUAUCAGGAUAUGAGAAUUAUCAAGUUAGAAACUAUCAGUGACUUUGUUGAUCACUCUCGUUUGAAAACAGAUUUUAAUGGCUAUAACAUUACCAGUGGCCUGGUAACAGCAGGCGCACCUCGCUGGUUUUCCUUUCGGGAUCGCAAUAAUAAACUUAUCCUAACUGGCUAUAUGCUACGAAUGGUUGUGGAUUUUACAAAUCAUUUUAAUGGAUCAAUUCGUUUAUUGGAUAUAGUAACUGUUAACGAUGGCCUUGAACUUUUGGCCAACCGUACGAUAGACUUUUUCCCCUUCCUAAUCAGACCGAUUGAGACGUUCGCAAUGACCAAUAUACUUUAUCUGGAAAAUUGUGGUCUUAUAGUGCCCACAUCAAGACUUUUGCCCAAUUGGGUUUAUCUGAUCAAACCUUAUACAUUCAGUACUUGGAUUACUUGGGUAAUAAUGCUUAUAUAUUGCUCCAUGGCUUUAAGGAUCUUAUCGAGAGGACAAAUGGGCAGCAGUGCUGCUUUCCUACAAAUUCUUCGAUUGGUUUUGUAUCUCUCAGGUGGCAGAGAUAUGGGAGCUCGACCAUCUCGUCACCGCUUUAUACUAUUUAUAAUAUUAACUACAGCAGGAUUCAUAUUAACCAAUCUGUAUCUGGCUCAACUUUCGAGUAUUUUGGCCGCAGGACUUUAUGAAAAGCAAAUAAAUACUUGGGAGGAUUUGGAUAAAACCGAUAGUGUUUGGCCAUUGAUAGAUGUGGAUCUUAGAACUAUGGAGAAGCUUAUACCCGAUCGAAAGAAUCUACUCAAACGUAUAGUGACUACAUCAGAGGCAGAUGUUGAUAUAUAUCGAAGGAAUCUAAAUACUAGCUGUAUCCACUCUGGAUUUUUCGAUCGCAUUGAGUUUGCUCUUUACCAACAACAUUUCCUUAAGUUUCCAAUAUUUCGGAAGUUUCCCCAUAUUCUAUACCAGCAACCUCAGCAAAUUUCUUCGGCAUUUGGUCGUCCAUACUUGCAGUUAUUCAAUUUGUUUGUGAGAAAAAUAUUCGAGAGUGGAAUUUAUCUGAAAAUGAAGGACGAUGCCUAUCGACAUGGUAUUCAAAGUGGCUUACUCAGUUUCGGAUUUCGUGAUCGGCAUUUGGAAGUGGAAUCGAAUAAUUUCGAAUAUUAUUACCUAAUUGCUGGACUGUGGCUGGGAGGUUUGACUUUGGCUACCAUUGCGUUUCUCAUUGAAUUGCUUGUGGGGUCCACUAAAGUAAACGUUACUAUAGAAUUUAAAAUGACUAAUUAAGUUUAGUUUAAGGCGACUGAGUAACUAAAGUUCCUAAAAGAUGCCAGCAGAAUUUAUAAGAUGUUAACAAAUAUAAAAGAAAAACCUCAAAACUAAAAUAACACAAAUAUAAAGGUUUAUAUUCAUAUGAAAUCUAAAAUCAAAUGUUUUACCAACCCACCUUCGGAAUUUAAAAU